GAUACAUCUAGCGUAUGUUGGAAUAUCUAUAUGAAUUAAUAUCACUGCACUUUUUGGCGUAUGAAUAUAUGUGAAUGGCCAACAGUUGUCAUAAUAGAGAAAAAUUGUUAAUUCGAGAAGAUGGGUGCACUUUUUGCAAUUAUUCAAAGCGAAAAUAUGUUUAAAUUCGCUGGGAGUAUGAUUAACUGUUUAUGUGUGACAUAUUUAUUCAAUUAGUUUAAAUUAUCAAGGCGCAAAUCUUUAGUCGGAAAUCUCAUGUGAGCGUAGUGUAAAAGCUGGGGAGAGUUGAGAGUGAAAAUAAACGAGUUGUUUCACAUAAGACAUUAUCGGGAAAUAUCACCUUAGGAAAUCCAUAUAAAUCAUCAUCAUCUAUAUGAUAAAAUUAUAUAAUACAGUCGUUAUGGAUUAAUUGCAUGAAUAAUACAGGAUAUUGGAAAAAAGGUAUACUUAAAAAUUACUUUAAAAACUUAUUUAUAAGAACUUUUUUCAUUUGAGAUGGAGCUUACUAUGCAUACGAAACCAUUUAUUUUUUACAUUUAAACACUCCAUGUUUUGAUACAUCAAGUCCUUAUCUAAAUUUCUGACUCCAGUUUUUCAAAACAUAAAGCACUAAUCUAAGUUAUAAAAAUGAGGAAAUUAAUACUUUGGAAAAUUUUCCUUGUAAUAUUUCUAUGGAUUUUAAUUUACAAUUAUUCAAGAUAUCACCGAAGAAUACACAGCAAUUUUACGUCCGUUUCAAAUAGUAUGCCAGAUUUCAAAAACCAUUUUGUACAAAGAUUGAAAAUACAGAGGAAAUUACAAAACAGAAGCCGUGAGGUCAUAACAUACAAUGGACGAAGUAUUUCAACAGAGUUUGAACUCUUUUAUCUGAACGUUUCAACCGAUAAACUGACGGACCCUCUUAUUCAGAGACAUCGUUAUAAAUCGUUACUUAAUACCAGUACAAAGUGUGAAGAAAUACAUGUAUUCUUGCUAGUUCUUGUUUAUUCAGCUACAUACAAGUUUGACGAACGUCAGGUUAUAAGGAAAACAUUUGGAUCUAUUUCAAAAUUUGACAAUAAACAUAUUGAAUAUGUCUUCGUUCUUGGGCAAAUCAUGAAUGAUACUCAGCAGAUGGAAAUUAAACAGGAAAGUGUCAGAUACAGAGACAUUAUACAAGGAAAUUUUAUAGACAGCUACAGAAAUUUAACAUAUAAACGAGUAUUCAGCUUGUUCUGGGUGAAUAUAUUUUGCAACCAUGUGACUUAUGUCAUAAAAAUUGACGAUGAUAUCACCAUCAACAUCCCAUUUCUUAUUCCUUAUCUUAGCAAUAAACUGAACAAAACCAAAGUUUUAGAAUGUUUUACUGUUAUAGGAGCUAGACCAAAGCGUCGGACUCGCAGUAAAUGGUAUAUAUCUCCGUCUGAAUACCCUUUUGCAACGUUUCCUCCUUAUUGUGCAGGACCUUCCUCUAUUAUGUCAGCUGACGUUAUACAAGAAAUGUAUGAAGCGACAAACUUUGUGCCUUUUUUGUGGCUUGAAGAUAUUUAUGGUGGUGGAUUUUUACCUUGGAUUUCACGUAUACAGAUAGCUCAACCGAAAUGUUAUAUAAAAGAUUUGAGAGCAAGUUUGAAAGAGAAGCCACGCCAUUUAUUUUACAUAAAUAAUAUUAAGAAUGCAAGUCAUCCCUAUAUAAUGUGGAACGCUAUAGAAUACUAUUCACAAAACCUUGUGUGAUCGCUGUUUUUUUUUUUGAAAAAAGAAUAAAAGUUAACAGAUAAAAUAAUUUAAAACAUAUUUUAUACGAACAAACAUUUCACAGAGGAAACCUACGUUCACAGAGUGAACCAGACAGUGUUCAAGUUUAGUUAUCUCAAACUAUUAUUUUAUCAGUCUAAUUUGAAGAAUGGCGUUUUGUCAAUAUGGCACUAAAACGGGAAAAUAUAAGAACCUUGGGCUUUGACUAUACUUCUUGUUGGUUUUUGUUUAUUAGCUCUUCAUUUUUUAAUAUGUUUUAGAUUUUUUUAAAUUGGCCUCGGGCAUCACUAAAGAUAUAUAUAUCAUCGAAAUGCACGUCUGGUGCAAAAUAAUUGAUACCGUUCAUGUUAAUUUGUCAAAACAUAAAUAUCAAAAUAAAUCUAUUGCUAUUUGUUA